AUGAUAAUUGUAAUCGAUGUCAAUGGCAUUUUCGAUAUAAAACAGCACAAAAUCAAUUCACCACAUUUUGUUUUUGCAUCGCUUCGAACAAUGCAUUUUCUUCCAUUGCUCUUAACUUUUCCGUAUAUUUAUGCGAGCACAAGUGGCGGUGACCAUAAUUCAGCAAGCCCGGCACCAGCUGCUCCAACCAACGAUCUCGGUUUAACGUUCGGUCAUACAGUGAAUAAACGCGAUCAACAUAUCACCGUCUAUUUCGAUAUAGCCAAUUUAACGUUGAAAGAAUACCGAUAUUACUAUUUCGACUUUCGUCCAUUUGGCUCCUAUGGUCGUAGUGAGUAUCUUCCACGUCAACGGCUCAUCGAUUCACAUAAUUCACUUCGUAUUGUCGGUCUUCACGAUGGAGAUUACAUCUCAUGUGUUACGUUUAUUGAUGAAUAUGGGACAGUAUUCAAACCACGUUUUGCUUGUUACGAGUUUACGCUCGGCGAAAAGACCGUUGGUGCACACCAUGGAAGUACAUCAGGCUACCUAGCUCCAUUACUAUUCGCAUUUGCCUUUGUUUUACACGUUCUGAUUGCUGUUGUACAUCAUAUAAAAGCGAAAAACUACGCACAAAAGUUAUUGCAUCGCUUUAUGAAUGUUUCGCGAAGAAGUAACUUGAAACGAAUCUAUAUUCAGGAUUCACUGAAGGAACUUGACCAUCCGCACCUCUCGGCUUCUAUUCAACGUCGCUUAUCACGCGUAACAAUCGAUGCCAAUGAAGACAGUGAAUUCGAGCGCGAAAGAAGCUAUUCAGGACAUAAUGCAGUUGAUGAAUUACCACUGUACACAAUACCAUAUCAUAAUGGAAGAACAAUGGAUGUUAUACCUGAAUAUGAGCAUUCGAAUACUCUCGAUAGUGUCUCGUCAAUGAGACAUUUAAUUGACAAUGCGCCAUGGAACAGACGCACCAAUCGGUCCGCAUCUUCGUCAAUUAGGCGAAUGAGUCCGUAA